AUGCCUCUUGGAACACGCGAGGGUGCUAGCCCUUGGUCACAUUGUGAUAAUGUGCCUCCUAGCCGCUCAGGCGCUCGCACUUGCAAGCCUUUGUUCGUAAAUUGCUCGGCUGCCGGAUGCACCGCUACCUCCGCGCACGGGGUGUACGAUUCGAUGACUCUCAGGAUCGGCUUUUCAAAGUGCUGCAAGCAUCUCGACCGCAAUGAGCUCGAGGAACGGAUAGACUAUAGUAGCAGGCAGUUGGACACGAAAAUGGUCACGGUGAUCUUUUACGACUUGGGACUGGGCAAGGAUGGACAGGUCGAGCAGUUGUCCGCGUUCUCCAUCAGCGGCGAACAUUUCAGCUCCAUCAUCAAGACGACAGUCAGGGCAAACAUGAGCCCGAACUUGAAGAGUCUAUCUCCUAUGCUCUACAACGCGCUAGCGUCGGAGCCUAAAGACGCGAUGAGGAGAUUCAUCCAAUGGAUCGACAUGAUACGCGGUGACACGGACAUGAGGAACGUCGGCAUCAAACCACCUGAGUUCAGGCUUGAUGACUCCCUCGCGCUCUUCAAGUUGAUCAAGGGUCAGGACCAGCAGGCGGACAUUGUCUCACUCCGACGCGCGGGCGCUUAG